UUCCACCUAGUGAAGUACCUAUGUGUAACAUUGUCCCAUUUUUAGAUGUGGUUUGAAAUACUUUUAUUAAUAUUUUGAAUAUGGGCUUUUGGAGUGGGGAUUGCUCCACUUUAUAUAAAGUACUUCAGUGCACAAUCGACUGACUGACAAGUUUAUUUAAACUACGCUGGAUUUAUUGGCACAAGGUCACUUGAGCCAUCUGUUUUAGUUUAGGGAGCUUGGGAAAUUAUUAGUUACCUAUGUGUAUAGUUAUCAGCAACUAAGCUUGCAUUAUCAACCUUGCUUUUAUCUGAUCGUAGUGUUUGUGCAUGCCAUCAGGCCAAUAGCAUAAAGUUUGAAAUCCUGUUACCUCCUGAACAUUGAAACUGGUGUUUUUCCCAUCUGUCUGCAAGUGUAUUGUUGAACUUGACUUCCAGAACCCAUCUAGAGUGUCUGCAAAGGCAUGUUUCUUGAUUUCACCAUGCUAUAGUUUUUCUUUUGGCAAUACCAGAAUUAUUGAAACUGCUGUUGAGGUUUUCACUGGUGUGAUGAAGAUCUGGUCCAAGUAUAAUAGUAAUACUAGAGGAAAAUAAGAAAUAAAAGCAUUCUUUUCACUCUGGUGGGGGGGUGGGAAUCAAAAGAGAGUUGACAAGGUCUUUAUGGGGUAAAAAAGCAGAGACUAGUGUUUAUGCUGCUUUAAUUCUCCAAACAGGUUUUGCUUGCAGCUGGUUUGGGGGUGUGGUCAUGCAUCUCUUUUGUUAACAAGACUUUAAACAACUAAUUCUUGUUGCUUAGGAAGCUGGUGAAUAUAUAUUGCUUAACCAUAGCUGAGACUGUAUCCUGAUAGAAAUUGAGGCACCUAUGUUAGCAAGCCCUUUAUGGUCUCAAAGACAGUGUUCUCAGAAAUAAAGGAAUAGAUUACUUGUAGUAAACUGUUUCACCAUAUAUAGUUCUGCAUGCAUUCUGGAUAUCUCAGUAUAACUGUAAUUUAGUAAAUUAAAUAUCACAGUGGUUAUGAGAAACUAAAAAAAGCAGUUGACUCCUGAAAAUGAGUAACAAAGUGGAAGGUUGACUCCUUAGGUUGCAUGGAUGAAUGGCUUUAAACUUUUUGAAAGGAUGGUGUCACUCUUUGAACAUUGCUUGCCUUCUAAACAGCAAGCUCUUUGAGGAAGAAGUUGAAGCUUGGAAGUCUGCACAAUGUAGACAAAACCAGAACCCCAAACCACAAGAAAUCCCACCUCUAAUCUUUUUGGAAAACAGUGAUCCAUUCUGUUUUUGAGUAAAAAGUGACUCUUCUCUCCUACCCCAAGUUUCUAUUUUAUUAUCUUUAGUUGAAAGUCUUGCUUACACUACCAGCCAGUUUUAAGUCUGCAGUUUUUAAGGUCUUGCCAGCAUGGGACUUGAAAAGAAAUAAUGUUUAAAUCUGAAACACUUCAGUGAGCAGACUCUGCUAGCUGCUUGUAGAUGAACUGAAAUUUUGUUUGGACUGUUCAGCUAUGCAGCUAUGAUCAUUGAAAACUGAGGGUGGGGUUUUUUUGUGUGUUCUGGAACGGUGAUUACUGGAACACUUAAAGUUUGUUCCUAAUGAAAUGCCUGUUGUGAGUGUGGUGCCAUAUUAUCACCUUUGAAUUUGCAAUCAGUGCCAGAUGAAGUAAGCUGAUGUCUUGUGGCCCUAAUAAAAGUGACCUUGGGCAGUUCUGCAACUACAGAGUGAUAUGUUGCAAAUGACAAAGUUUACUGGUAGACAGGUUAACUCCUGCUGUCCAGUAACAUUGUUAAACAUAAGUUUUCAAGGAAGUAAUAUGUAUAUAAGUAAUUACAGCAUUAUCAUUUAAAGUAGAGCACUGAUAUAUGGUCCUUGGCUAAUGUCUAACAACGUUUUGACUAGAAUCUAAAGACUUAAACAAUUACGGUAAUUAUUCUAGGUUCAAAAUUUAGUAGGAUGAGAGAAGACUUCUUUGUGUGUAAGACUUUACCUAUCAUAAAUAAAACUCUUCAGCAGCUUUUUGAAGGUUCACAGUACAAAACUACAGUCAUGUGAAAGCCAUCUAGUUUGAGGCAAUUGCACAGCUUAACCCUUGGACAAUUCUGGAAAGGGCAACUAUGCAACACCUUUUGGUGUUUUUCAGACUAAGGGCUGACUUUCUUCACGCAGGAGUGAUCAUGAAAGGUGUGUGGCUGACAGCAUUGCAGACAGAAGCUCAGCUCGUCCACAGAACAGUCUGGUAGAGAGGCACCAAUGAGGAACUUCCUGAAGUUUUAACCUCCACAUUCAUGUCAGUACGUGCAUCAUGGCACAGCAAGGAAAUGUUGGUGAGCUCCUCUCAAUGCUGGAUUCUCCAAUUCUGGGUGUCCUGGAAGAUAUAACAGCUGCAUUCAAAGAUAAUCUCAUUUGUGACCGUGGACCUAUGCUUGUGAACAACCUGGUGGACUAUUACUUGGAAACCAAUUCUCAGCAGGCACUGCAUAUACUGUCCACACUGCAAGAGCCUCAUGACAAGCAUCUACUGGACAAAAUUAAUGAAUAUAUGGGCAAAGCUGCUACUCGUUUACCCACUCUCUCUCUGCUGGGACACGUGAUAAGACGACAACCAUCUUGGAAACAUAAACUUUCUCAAGCACCUCUCCUACUUUCAUUACUUAAAUGUCUCAAGACUGACACAGAUGUAGUAGUACUCACCACAGGUGUCCUAGUGCUAAUAACCAUGUUGCCAAUGAUUCCUCAGUCUGGCAAACAGUACCUUCAUGACUUCUUUGGUAUCUUUGGGCGUCUCUCAGCCUGGUGCUUGCAGAAUCCAGGUCAUGUGGCAGAGAUUUAUCUUGUCCAUCUUCAUGCCAGCGUUUAUGCUCUCUUUCAUCGUCUUUAUGGAAUGUAUCCUUGCAAUUUUGUCUCCUUUCUGCGUUCUCACUACAGUAUGAAGGAAAACUUGGAGACCUUUGAAGAGGUGGUCAAGCCAAUGAUGGAACAUGUGCGAAUUCAUCCAGAAUUAGUGACUGGAUCUAAGGACCAUGAACUGGACCCACGAAGGUGGAAAAGACUAGAAACUCAUGAUGUUGUGAUAGAAUGUGCCAAAAUCUCCCUGGACCCUGCAGAAGCCUCGUAUGAAGAUGGCUAUUACUCUGUGUCUCGGAAACUCUGCACAAGCUUAAAACAUCAUCAAACUGACCCCAGUGCCAGCUAUUACAUUGACACACAGAGCAGCUAUGGGACUUCUACCCCAUACUCCACUCCUCGGCUAACACUAUCACAAAUGCCAGGGCAGCUACCUCAGAUUCUGAGCCCCCAGUCAAUACGGCUGUCAACUGAGCCACAGCAGGUUACCAUCUGGAGUCCUUCUGCAGUUUGUGGUAUGACCACUCCACCAACCUCCCCUGGAAUUGUCCCAUCAGAGUCAUCCCAGUCUGCAUCACAACCUUACAGCAAAGCUGGCACAUCUGCAGGGGGGAAAGGAACACCUUUGGGAACGCCAGCCACAUCUCCUCCUCCACCCUGCACUUCAGAUGACUUUGUGCAUGUUUCACUCCCUUCAGCUGCUGCCACACCUCCUAAAAAGGAGGACAAACCAGAUCCUGGGAGGCCUUUACUGUACCGACAGCAAAAUGUCAUAAACAGCGAUAAAUCAUUGGACACACCUGGUAGUAAAAGUUCAGUAACCUUAAGUGAUCUUCCAGAGUUUUUAGGUGGUUUGUCUUUUGAAGAUAGUGCUGAAAAGGACAGAGAGGAAGAUGCAAUAUCUAAAGAGAUCUCCGAGAUCACAACUGAUGCUGAACACAUGGUGCCUAGAGGAGGAUUUGACUCUCCAUUUUACCGCACAAAUGAAAGUCUGUCAGGCUCUCAAAAGAAGACCCAUUCAGUAGUCUCUAGUGUUCAGGGACACAGUCAGACCUCUGAGCCUUUAACAUCUUCUCUGGACAAGUCUGGGCCUGAGAGUGCGCGGGAAACACCCAAACAAACAUUUACUCCCAUAGACAAGCCCUGUGGAGGCUCUGGUGAAAGCCCUGCUGGUAACAGGGAAGGAACCUCUGGGGAGACGAGUAUUCUCACUCCCAGCCCUUGCAAAGUACCAGCACAAAGAAGAGUGGUGUUUGGGAGUGGGCAGCCUCCCCUAUAUGAGCACCUUUUUGAGGUUGCAUUACCAAAGACUGCCUACCUCUUUGUUGGCAAGAAGACUGAGGAGCUGCUAAAGAAAGCCAAGGGAACCCAGGAUGAUGACUGCAUGUCCUCUACUUCUCCCGUGGAAGUACUGGACAGACUGAUACAGCAAGGAGCAGAUGCACACACUAAGGAGCUGAACAAAUUGUCUCUGCCAAGCAAAUCUGCUGACUGGACUCACUUUGGAGGUUCUCCCCCUUCUGAUGAGAUUCACACCCUGCGUAACCAAUUGCUUUUGCUGCACAACCAGUUAUUGUAUGAACGCUUCAAAAGACAGCAACAUGCCCUUCGGAACCGUCGACUCUUGCGAAAAGUGAUUAAAGCAACAGCUCUGGAGGAACAUAAUGCUGCCAUGAAAGAUCAACUGAAGCUACAGGAAAAAGAAAUCCAGGCCUUGAAACUGAGUCUGCAGAAAGAACAGGCAAGGUACCACCAGUUUCAGGAGGAACAUGAAAAUAUAGUGGCUCAGCUUCACAGCCAGAUCAGACAGCUGCAACAUGACCGAGAGGAAUUCUACAACCAGAGCCAGGAAUUGCAGACCAAGCUGGAGGACUGCCGGAAUAUGAUUGCAGAUCUGAGGUUAGAAUUAAAGAAGGCUAACAACAAGGUGUGUCACACUGAAUUGCUUCUUAGCCAAGUUUCUCAAAAGCUUUCCAACAGUGAAUCAGUGCAACAGCAGAUGGAGUUCUUGAACAGGCAACUUCUGGUUCUUGGAGAGGUCAAUGAGUUGUACCUGGAGCAGCUGCAGCACAAGCACACAGACACUACAAAGGAGGUUGAAAUGUUGCACGCUGCUUUUCGGAAAGAACUGGAGAAAGCAAAAUUGUGUGUUCAGCAGCAAAGCCAAAGGCUUGAUGCUUCCCAGAAACGGAUAGCUGAACUGGAAUCUCAGCUUGCAAAAAAGGACCACCUCUUCCUGGAGCAAAAGAAAUACCUGGAAGAUGUAAAAAUCCAAGCAAGAGGUCAGCUGCAAGCAGUAGAAAGUAGGUACAAGGCCCAGAAAAGAAUCACACAGGCAUUUGAGCUGGAGAUUUUGGAUCUGUUUGGCCGGCUGGAGAAGAGCAGCCUACUGAAAAAACUUGAAGAUGAUAAAACAGAAGCAGCUGAAGCAGCAGAAGAAAGGCUGGAUUGUGGUAAUGAAGAUACUGUGGUGGGAUACAGUGAAGAAACCAUUGGUAGAAAUGGAGAGACCAAACCUCCCAGCACUCGAGGUAGUAGUAGCAGUAAGGGUGGCAGCAGCAGUGAGCUCUCCACCCCUGAAAAACCCCAGAACCAGAGAUUCAGCAGUCGCUGGGAGACAUCCGUGUUGCUGGAGCCUUCCACUACUGUCCCACUGACUGUAGGUUCGCUUCCCAGCUCCAAGAGCUUCCUUGGAAUGAAGGCACGAGAAUUAUUUCGCAACAAGAGUGAGAGCCAGUGUGAUGAGGAGGGUGUAACCAUCAACAGGCUUUCCGAUGCUCUAAAGACUGAACUAUGUAAAGAUCCAAGCAUGGAGACAAAGGCCCCUCCAAGCCCCGAUAACCUUAGUGUCUCGCCUAAGAUCCAGGAAAGCAGUGUUGGACAGCUUCAUAUCAUGGACUACAAUGAAACUCAUCAUGACCACAGUUAAAAAGGAAGAUAGUCAAUCAGUGUUAUUUUCAUAUUCUUGGCAUAGAACAGGAGGCGUGAAUGCAAGUUUAACUAAAAGCUUUUAUGUUUCUUUGGUCUGAGCAGCUAGCUCAUGCAGCGGAAUAGGAUUGAUGUCCAGAAACGGAAGAAGGCUGCUGAACAAAUGCAAAGUGGAUUUUUGGGUCUGGAAUUGAAAUGCCCAGCCUAACUCUUGCUUCUUUCUCAAAUUCAGUCCUUAGCAGCGUGUACUAAUUUGAAGGGACAACUGUUAGCAUUUGCAAGUAUUUUUUUCCCUUUCUCCCUGUCCCCAGUUGAGUGGCUGCGUUUAUGAACUUGAGUGCAAUAUGAGGCCAAAUUAACAUUUGUGAGUCUAUGAAUGCUUUGUAUUUCCUUGCAAGCUUCCAAUUUAGAGCAGUUAAUUGUGCUGCCUGUCCGGGUGACUUCAGUUGCUUUCAUCCCGGAAAGAAUCAGCACUAGAAUUUCUAGUCCGUUCAUCUAAAGGUCUCUAUUUUGCCUGUCCACUGUCCCACAUCCUUCAGAGCCCAGUCUUCAUUAAGUUGGACUCUGAUUGAAUACCUAAAUGUUUAAAGAACAGUGUACCUCUGCAAAACAAUUCAUUCACCCUAAUUCAUGAUCAUUGUUUAUAUUGUCCUUAACAUUUCCUGGAAAGUUACAUUUGAACAGACAAUAAGGAACCGGAGCUUGUAAUGCGGAAGAGACCGUAUAUGCUGAAGACUUGUUAAAACACUAGCUUCUGAUCUUUUUGGUAUUUUAAGUGUUUGCCUGACAGGCUGGUACUGACCCCAGACUGGUUCAUAUGGGAAGGCAAUUGGGGUGGGAGAAGAGGGAAGAGGAAGCUUUGCUCAAGUAGGGAGAGCAUGCAGAACAUGUAUGUAGAAUCGCAAGCUUAUGAAGAUUUGCAGAAGAGCAUUUGUUUCUCUAGUCAGGGAAAUACUUGUGCUGCCUGACCCUCCUUCAUAGUUCUGGUCUUUGUUCGUUGUCUGAGCAAGACCACUGUGUUUUGAGUCCAAGAAAUUGGCUUCAUUCUUCCCUGGGAAUAUGUUUUCAGGCUUGACUUACAGAAUAUGGUUUCCUUUGAGUGCUGUUCUGCUCAGACUGCAGCACAUUUUUCAGCUCAGCAAUGUCAAUUUGGCUCUAGGUAUCUCCCCUUUGCCCUCAUCCCGUUUCCGUAGAAGAUAAGGCUGGGGAGGAAGUCUGCUCAAACUGAGAAUCAGAAUUCUGUCUUGAAGCCUUUCUGUGUUAAUCAUGUUUUAAGUCAAUGAUGAGCAUUCUGUGAAGGAGGAUUGUGGGAUCAGGGCUUGUCAGUGGUCAGACUCAAUCUCCUUCGUGACAGAACAGAGCCCGCUGUUAGGAAGGCAGUGUGCUUGUUUUAAAUGUUAGAUAUGUCUGGGUCCAGGCAUACUUAGACAUAUCAGGCUUCACAGUUACCCUGCAUCACACGUGGCCUCUUUUCUUAAACAUUCUGUGGGUGGCACCUGCUGUUUAAGAAUCGUCUCACAUAUAAAUCAAGUCCAAGUACACUUGCACUUGUAGUUCAAAUCCCUUCUUAACCUGAAUAGGAACAGGACUCUGUCAAAGCGGCUGGCAGUAUGCUAAGUUGCGCCUGACGGUACUUUUCCUCCCACUUCUGCUUCUUCCAUAACACCUAGGGUCUAAAUACAUUUCUGCCUGUCUAAAUUAUUCUCAGUGUCCUUUCGGUUGGUCAGUCCUAACUCUGAAAGUAAAGGUGAACUUCAGUGGUUUUGUCAAAGCUUGAAUCUGCAUGGAAUAGAAAAUAGAGAGUUGGUUGUAAGUGACAGACUGGUUUUGUCGACAUGUCUAUAGGCUUUCUAAGACUUAGUGGUAGCAAACGUGGUAGCGUAUGUUUUGGUAAGAUUUGGAGGUUUCCUGCCCCUUGCCCCACCGGGUCCCAGCCCCAGGAGUGAACGGUUUGCACAUUGCCCUUGAAGGGCUGGCUCAGCUGUUGGAUGCUGUUGUGUUGGAGGAGUUCAUUCGCCCAUCCUUCUGCUUUGCCGAGCCCAGAAGAGUAUCUUGCUUAUAUGAUGAUUUCACUUGUUCUGAAAGGCGGUUUUUGUUGUCGGUUACAAAAAUGCCCUGGCGGUAAUGCAAGCUCAUUGAUAAGGUGGCUUUUUUCUUCUUUUAAAAAGGUUUUUAACACUGGGAUAGUAAUGGAAACCACUUUAGGUUUGUUUAUGGACCACAAAGAUUAUGGAGGAACAAAUUUAGCCAUUUUUUUGUAAGUCUAAAAAUCAUGGAUCUGCUGUAUGUAGUUAACUUGCAGUUUGUUUGAAGGGGUCCCAUCAGUGAAGUGGAAACAGAUUUUUUUAACUGACUGCUUUUAGUUAAAUCUAAAAUUGCUGUCUUUGUCAAGUUAAUCUGUUCCCUGCCUCGCUCUUUGUAAGCAUGUUAAACAAUCCACAUUAAAUGCCAUAAAUAUGAAAUACGAGGAAAUGGUACAAUCGUAAGCUAAAGAGAACUUAAACCAAAAGGAGGUUUUGCUGUCCUUAUUAGAAUGUUCUAAAAUGUCAAGGCAGUUGCUUGUGUUUAACUGUGAACAAAUAAAAUGUAUUGUUUUGCACUA